AGUCAGCUGUUUCCGUGUUUGGGGUGGAAGAAGGGAUUUGAUGGUUACUUGUUUCCAUGUUUGACACUUGAGUUCCCAACCAUGUAGUGGCCCUCGGCGGUGCUGCUCCGUGUAAUCCCCGCUGUAACUUACCACAUUCGCGGGAUCUUUGUCCAAUAUGACGGACGUAUUUCACGGCUUCGAGCUGCUGCUGUUCCGUCGCUUCCAGUCUCAUCCUGAGUUGUGGAUUGAGUGGAGAGACAAGCUAGCCAAGAAGAUAAGCGAAAAGGGGACUCUGAUCGACGAUAUUGAGGAUAUUGGGGAGAUCCCCCAAAGCCUAUGGUAUCUGUCUGUGACUCUCCACCGUCGUCAGCGCUACCUGCUGGAACUCGUUCAGAAAGAGGUGCAGAGGGAGAGAGAGAAGCGUCUGCCCAAAGCUGGAGAAACACUGCUGUCUCGCUACCUGUCUAGUCAUCAGUUCACCGAGUUCUACCUGGACUCCAUGUUCAAGUAUGGUGACGACAACAGGCUUCCUAGAGAGCUCUUCAAGUGUGCCAAUGUGAGGUUCCUGUCUCUGAAGUACAACAGCCUGGACCGCAUCCCGGCUGAAAUAGGCCGGAUGCACAAACUGGAAUACCUGGCGCUGACCAAUAACAAGCUGCAGGUGCACUCCCUCCCCCACACUCUCACGUUCUGCAAGAAUCUCCGGACAGUCCUCCUUGACAACAACCUGCUGGACGCUUUGCCUGGAUUCCUGCUUCAAAUGCCAUCAAUACAAACCGUCCAUCGCCAUGGCAAUCACAACUAUUUCAAAGCCACGUUUAUGUGGUAUCAUACUGACGUGAACUACAGGAUCAUACCGGUAGCCGGUAGCAACGACUGUAACCUGUACCGCAGCUAUGAGCGGCUUCAGUUCUGGGCUGCCAAGGCUGUGAUCAGUUCCAAGAAGGACUUCUUCUGUGACAAUUCAGUAGCCCCUGUGUUGAAGGACUACAUUUCGGAUAUCUAUUAUUUUUUCCAUAUCUGCAACUACUGCAACAAAGCUCAGCUAGGACACUUACAAGGAUACAAAGUAAUAACAUUUAAAAACCCAUACUUGGGCAACACAUGUGUGCCAUUCCAACACUGGGCGUGCUCACGGGAGUGUGCGGAGAAACUGGAAGUGCCGGCACGCAAAGAGCAGAUAGCAGCUGCAGAAGAACUUGACAGGCGAUAUGACGAGUAUGUCAUGGAGUGUCACAAGAAGUUCUAUUCCCGACGAGCUCAUCCGGUGUUAUCCUGUAGCUCAGGAUCUUUAUCGGAAGCUGUCAACCAGAUGCAGAUGACCGAGACGAGUGCAACUGUGAGCCCUGCCACCCCCCAGGAAGAUACCACCAAGUGUCAGUGUUCCGUGUCUUGAUGGCGGAGACGUGUUUAGAACACGUACAAAACAUGCAAAAACAGUGGAGGACAUUGUGCUGACUGUAUACAUCACAUAGGUAACCAUGGUAACAGAGGGCAGCUUCACAAAUGUGUUGGAAAAUAACCAUGUUUAUGAAAUUCUUACAUUUUCAAAUCUUCCAUAUUUCCAUUUAUCAUACUUUAUGAAUUAUGAAUUUAAUUAUGAUCAUGAUGACAAAGAAACAUAAUGAAAGUCCAAAGUAUAAUACUUUCACGUGUAACCAUGGUAACAGAGUAUUUCCAUGAUAUUUACCUUGAUUACAUGUGUGAAUCGUUGCUUCAGAUGCUCUUAAUGGUGCAAUGGAUUGAUAGUACAUAGAUGUGUAGCUGGUCCGACCAAACCUUUAGCCUUACUGUUGUACCGUACCACAGCAAACAUGGCAAAGGUGUAAGUGACUUAUUGUGCGUGCCACUCUAUACUUAACCAGGUUACUUGAAAAAAUGAUACCAGAGCAAUAGGUCUGGAGAGUUGAAUGUUGAUAAAUCUAAGCUGCUACUGAAAUGUAUCCAGCCGAAAUCCAGCCAUCAAACUAACCAACUGCCCAUUUUAACAUUGGUGGCCAUUUUGAACAAUGCAUGUGAACAUGUUGAGAGCAUGCAGAGGGAACUUGGAUGUUCAUUGAGAACAUGUAGUCUGUCUCACAGUCCCUGAAUCAUUUUAUUUUUCCUUUCCCCAACCCUUCAUGUAAUGCUAUAGAUCUAAAAAAGCAAGUCUAGAUUUUCCACAGGUUCAGAAUGUCGUCCAAUCUCACUGGGUCACUUUUCAAUUUAAACGUUGCAGCUUGUUUCUAUCAAAAUUAUGUAGUUUUGGAGACUAACCAUUGGUCUAUGAGAACAUGUGACAGAGGAUGUUCUAGAGCUUGUUUGUUUGUUUGUGUUUUCUGACUGAAACAGGGGCGGUCGGGUAGCCUAGUGGUUAAAGCGUUCGCUCGUCACGCCAAAGACCCGGGUUCGAUUCCCGACAUGGGUACAAUGUGUGAAGCCCAUUUCUGGUGUCCCCCGCCGUGAUAUUGCUGGAAUAUUGCUAAAAGCGGCGUAAAACCAUACUCACUCACUCACUCACUCUGACUGAAACAUUAUUUUCUACUAUUGGACAGAAUGAAACCAAGUCCUUCUUGACAAUUUUAUUUUGAAGCACCAGGCCUGGUACUGUACAGGAAGACGCAGUUGCCUGGGGUGACACGUAGAUCAGUCUUCCAACAUAUUUCAGACCUUAUGUCUCAAUUACAUUAACAACAAAUUGUAUCCUGUCUGACAUUCCCAGUAUUUGGAAGUGUCUUUGUUUGGCACAAUAAGUUCCUUUUUUCAUCAUGGUCAUACAAAGGAUGUAUACACAAACUUGCCAUCAUGGUCAGAUAUUUGGUUUUGUGGUACUGGUAGGUAGGACAUUUUUGAAAAUCAGCUAAUAUAUAUGCCAUGAAGCGACCAUUUUGGUAUGGAUAUACCUUGAAAAACUAUAAGGAUCUGAGAAUAUGUUAGAUUAACAAGACUCAAAUUGGCACCAGUCCUAUAGUCCUUGCCAAAGUGCACAGUACUUAAGGUAUCAUAAGUACUAGUAGAAAUUUGCCAUUUUUAAGGGUUUUGGUAUAUGUUAUCAUUAUAAGGACAAGUGGAAUAUAAGUGUUAGUUUCUAUCGCUGCUCACAAAUACAUCCACCAGUAGACACCCAGUCAACUGGACUCAAGGGCGUAGAAUUAUAUUGAGUACCCAAAGAAUACUAUGAAUACCCAAAGUGCAUGAUAACAUGUGAGUAAGUACCUGGAGCCCUGAUGAUGGUGUGCCUGUGGAUAUAGCUGUUAAUCUUGGCUGUGAACAAGGCUUUGCUCUGUCAUUGUGCAUAAAGUAUUGUGUGAAAUCAGUAUUUCAUGACUGUCUCAAGAGGCUUCUUAUGUUUUAGAACAUGCGACUUGAAUUAUCUGUGAUAACUUGAAAACAACAAGACUGAACAUGCUGGAGACGUAGUUCCAGAUGUCUGUAUCAAUACAUCAUAUUACUUGGGAGUAAUCAAUCCAAACAGUAUAUUAAUAUUAUUCCAGAAAUCUUUAAACAUUUUAAGUUGUUAUCAAUGUCGCAUGCAGGAUCAUCAUAUGAUCUUCAUGCUUUAUCAAAAUGAAUGUUUGAUUGUGUAAGCAAUGACAAUUCACAAUGUAGUCUUACAGAGUUAUCUCCCUUGGCAGCAGAUGCACAGUCCCAUAAGGGAGCAACCAUUUGAUUUUCAUGGUGGCGGCAGGAUUUUUGUUUAAGAUCAGCAUUUCUUUUUUAAUAUAUGGGAGCUCAAUUAUAUUUUCCAACAUAAACAGAUGCUCAAUUAUUUUUUUUAAAGAAAUAUAAAUACCAAAAUAUAUUCUUUGGAUACUUGUCUGCAUGAAAAGGCCACAGUGUGUUGCAUAUGUAAUUAUUUAGCAGUGAAACAGGAUCAUGAUUACUGUUUAAGACUUUCUCUCUCUUUCAAAAAAGAAAAGGUUAAAUGGUUGCUCCCUAAGCCAUCUUAGCCCUCAUUGUGAGAACUGUUGGAACUACUUUCAUUCCCAUGACUUUCACCACAGGAUAGAUGAGUUAUGAUAUUAAUAGCCCUGUCGCUCAACUUCAACUCAACUGAUUCCUCUGACACAGAACCUAACAGUCACAAGCAGCACUUAAAAAAAUGUUCAAAGUGUUUCUAUUUGCCUUUUACACCAAAUCAAAUUGCAUGUACCAUAUUUCUAUUAAACAUACACUGAGCUGUCUUCAAGAACGACCAACAUGUUAUACAUACUUUACACCGCUGGAUCUGGAACUACUUUAUGUAUUAUCACUACGCAAGUGUUGACUGAGGUGGUAUGCUGGUAGUGGAAUAAGUGUCAGGAGACACAGAUAUGGGAGAACAGCUGGAAGGUCCCUGUUCGACAAAGUGAACUUAGCACCAAGAUGAUCUGGGCACUGUUCCACAAAGCGAUCGUAGCGCUACGACUAUCGUAAGCCAGUGUUAAAGUAUGGGAGUUACGAUCACCUUAGCGCUAAGAUAGCUUUGUGGAACAGGGCCCUGAACACAUCACAGGAUGACAACAGUCGUAGUGCUAAGUUGCUUUGUGGAACGAGGCCCUGGUAAUGACAAUCUCUUGCUAUGCUAAGUAUGUCAUAUAUCUUAUAUAUUCCAUGCUACACUGUUAUAGUCAGUGUAAAGUAUUUGAGAGCAGUUCAACCUAUUAUUGCUAAGGCUAAAAAAAAUAAAAGUCUUGGUUCUCGAGCAUCGCCCGCAUCAUCAUAAAGUUUUCUACACGUUUCAUAUUUAUUUCCAUUUUUUUUUAAAUAUAAAAAAUCCUUAAAUAUUCCAAGUCCAAGGGGAGUCGAAUCCUGUAUUCCAGUAUUUUACUCAUUAGGAAUGUACUUUGAUGUAGUGAAGCCCUUUCCCAGGUUGAUUGUACACAUCUGUUAUUUGGUUGCACAACUGUUUAUUUGCUUACAUACCAGUGUGAACAGACCCCCCCCCAAAAAAAAACAACAAAAAAACCCACUAAAAACAAAACAAACAAAAACAAAAAAGACACCCCCAGCCCACAUUUUCAAAAGCCAGUGCCUGAGAACCAAUUCUUUUAUGUUUUUAAGCCUAAGCAUAUUUUUUUUUUGUUUUUUUUACAUCCAGGGUAACUGGAAAAAUUGUUUGCGAUUUUGGAGUCUCACUGUAAUUAUUGUAUGUGUCAUUUGAUAUCUGUAUAUUGAUUUGCAAGAAAAUGUUGGAUGUUUGUGUUUUGUUUUGCAUACAUUUAGUGCUAUGGUUGUUGUUUGUUUCUGUUCUAGUAACAGUAGCCUGUUUGUGUAGCAACUGAUUCUUGUAAAUAACAACCAAACAACUUACAGGAUGAACUAUGCGUAAUGUAGAUAUCAGUAAUAGUGAAGGCUGUAACAAAUCGAUUAUGAAUUGAACAACCUUGCACACCUACCUUGGGGAAAAAAAUCACUGUAUUUUUGGGUAUCCAUGGCAACUGUUUUCCGUCUCUUUGCAUCACUCCUUACUUUCUCUAACCUUGAAGAUGACUUUUGCAGGAAAUACCAAAAGGGAAAGAAGCUCACCUUUCACUAUAUGGUGAACUGUUAAUAUUCAGUAAUGUAUUUGUUUCAGUGCCAACUGGAAUUAGCCAUAAAUCAAAACUUUAACCAAUAAAUGCUUAUACAUAUUUUGACUGAUAUAUCCAUUGUUCAGCUAAUCUCAAUUUUUCUGGUGGCCCGUUUGAAUUUGUUCAAACUGCUGAUGUUUUUAUCUAGUUUAUUGUACAUAGUUUUCGUCUAAUCAAGUUAAAAAAAGUAAAACAAUAUGUCCAGUGGAUUGAGAAGAGAAGGGUUUAGUGAGGAGGGUACUUAUCUCAGCUCAAUGUUUCCAGUAGACAUUUUGAAUGUUGCAGAAUUAAAAUUUAUUUAUUUAUCCAGGGUCAUCUGUGAAUAUGAAAUAUGAAUGAAUAUGAAAAGUGUUUCGUGUUUCUUAUCUCUCAUCCCGACAUGCGCACUCAAAGGACGGGUUCAGAAGCCUCUCUCGACUUGAAGUUCUCUUCGUUGUUAAAACAAUUCAUUGCUCUAGCUUCCCAUCAAGUCGUUGUAAUAUCCUACUUAAUAUCAAUACAAAUAGAAAUUUCCUAUUUUUCACAAUUAAUUUGUUUGUGCUGUGUUGUAUACCUUCACAGCUCAUUUCAAAUGAUGCUUUGAGUUGUGUUUAGGUGAUUUGUUCUUCGUUUCCAACUCUUUGGUUGCGUUUGGUCAUGUCACUUGUUUUUGUGCCUUUGAUGGUGUUUAUACUGUUUCUAGGGGAGAUCAAAAGUAUUUUGUUUCUGUCAAGGAACAAGAUGGAAGAGUGAUUCAGAAUGUGAUAACAGCCUUACAAAUUUUGCCUUUUCCAAAUCAAAUUGAACUUGCCAAAACCAAACUAAAAACUACAAAACUAUUGAGACAACCCCUAAAUCAGACCAGCUGGGCCUCGUACAAGAAGAGAGAUGACUUUUAACAGAUUGUGUACUUGUAGACAGACAUUCCAUGCUGUGUGAAAUCUAGUCACUUAGUGAUUCACUGUCAUUGAAUCAUAUGUUUCAUCUUGCAUUAGAUGUGUGAGAGAAAGUCUUUGACAAUAUCAUUACUAUUUUGUCACUGAAAAGUAUUCUGUCUCAGAGCUGGGUGCAGAUAUGUGAUCUGAUUGGCUGAUAUUGUAAACAUGGGAAAUUGCUACUUGGAACAAAUUGGUCUUCAGCAACUCAUGCUUGCUGUAAAAGGCGACUUUGCUUGUCGUAAGAGACGACUAACGGGAUCGGGUGGUCAGGCGCGCUGACUUGUGUGAUGCAUGUCAUGGUAUCCGAAUUGCG